GCCUUGGGUUCUUUGCUGCAAGCGGAAUUGCACCUGUAAGUAUUUGGUCAACUGGUACCUAAUAAGUACUUAGGUAGGUACUUAGUACUUGAGUACUGUCCAGCCCAUUCCGCCCCAUUGACUCGAACCCCUCUUAAAAAACCGCAGAAGCUUUGGACCCUGCACACUUGCAGGUCCGCGGCUUAAAACCUUGGCCCGGGGUCAUUUCCCCUUGCGUAUUAAGCUUCCCAGGGAUCGAUCGUCUUCUGUCUCAACCCGCCGCGCUGGUACCGCCCACAAUGUCCAUCGCAGGGGACACGAGGAGGGCGCUUGGGCCUCUCAGGUGCCUCAUCGCAGUCAUCGCCAUCCUUGCCUUCCUCACGCCCACGGCCCAGUGCCAGCAGGGCGGCCCUACGCAGCAGCCCGUCGUGCAGGUGCCCAACACGGGAGCCCAGAGCACCGGCAUCCCAAUCACACAGAAGCCCACCGCGCCCGAGCCCGUCGAGUCCAGCGGCCCCAAGCGCCACCCAGACCUCCCCGUGCUGGGCUACGUGACCCCCUGGAACUCGCGCGGCAAGCAGCUGGUCGAGGACUACCGCGACAAGUUUGAUCUCGUCUCCCCAGUCUGGUAUACCGUUCACGCCGACGAGGCCAACGUUAACGACGUUUAUGUCGUCAGAGGCGGCCCGCCCGCCGAGGAGGACGAGGCCUGGUACCAGAGGCUGCAGAAGCCCACUGCCUCGUCCGACGCCGCGCUGAAGCCCCUCCAGGUUGUUCCGCGCUUCAUUCUGGAUGGCUGGGAUCAGGAGGAUUUCCAGAAUCUUCUCUUCAACGAGACGAGGUGGGCGCUACUCUCUGCCGCAAUCAUGGACGUCGUAGUCGAGAGAUCCUUCGACGGUGUAGUCUUUGAGUCUGGCGCAUCCUACGCUCUUGGGGCGCCUCUCACAAAACUCUCGGAGCUGUUGCACGCCAAAGACAAGUUACUGGUACUUGUCAUGCCGCCCGUGCGGGCUCCUGGCGAUGGCAUGACUGACAUCAUCCUCCAACCCAUGGCUGGGCUUUCGCAUUACGUCGAUUAUUUCAGCAUCAUGACCUAUGACAUGACCGGUCCCGGUGGCCGAGAGCUCCACGAUGGUGCUGCCUUCCCAGAGGGCAGCUCGAUCAGACAGGCCAUAGCAAAAGGGCAGGCUCGUGAGCCCGGCCCCAACACGAGCGCCGGCUGGGUCAGGGACAACCUCGUCGCGUUCGUUGAGGCGUCUGCAGCCGGCGCAAUGGACCCAUCCCAGUCACCCGCAGAGUCCCGGUGGGCGUCUCGGAAGUUCCUCAUGGGGACGCCCCUCUACGGGUACAAGUACCCUGUUCUCUUUGUUGACAAGAACACUGGCGAUCUUGUGAAGCCGGGGUCCCGACCCAAGAACAACGACGCAGUCGCGCCCGUCUUGAGAGGCGCUGGAGAACCCAUCAUCAUGUCUGCAAUCUUGGACAUGAUCAAAGAGAAAAGGGCAAAGGUGCUGAAGUCGGAAGAGCACGGGGAAUACUUUUUUGACUACGAGCAGAGGCCGGGAACAGGGGCUUGGAGGGUGUUCCUGCCCACAAGCGAGAGCAUUUCCAAAGUCUUUGACACGAUUCAGGAUGUCGUUGACGAUGAUUUCGAGUAUGCCUUUGGAGGUGCAGGUGUCGCACUCUGGGAAGUUGGCCAGAGCUCGACGGGCCUUCUGGCUUCUAUCUGAGGCGUGCCAUGGUGACCGGGGAAUCCGAACGAUUCGGAGAAGAUAUUACACCAUCAUGGAAACAGCGGCGGAAGUGUCCCAUGGGGUUCCGGUAGGAGUGAAAGCUGCGCAGGCACGAAAGGCCAUCCACUGGAAAGCUUUACUCGACGGAGAUAUUUGGACACUCUUGAUGAGUAGCUCAUGGAGGAUAUGCCUGGAGGUUGCGAAGUAGCGCCGCAAUGCCGAGCGCGAGGUCAUCGUUCAGUCUCGCAGUUAUGCUAUAAAUCAUAGAGCGGAAAAAAGUCUCACGACUCAUCCAAUUCAUAGUCUUUCUGAUCUCCCCCGACGCCCCAAAUACUCUUGGUGGAGAGACUUAUCAGCUCUCCUGAUCCCGCGGCCAAAUGCGGGCCGAGAUGCC